AUGCUGGGCCUAGGUCGACCAUCGUUAUUGAAGUCACGGCCAUCCCUCAUAGAUCUCAUUGCUCCCAAAAACCAAACAUACAGCCGUCCCUCCACGACUAUUGCUGCGUCGCUGGAAGAUCCACCUGCGCUACAACGCAACGUCCUUCCAAGCUCCAACCAACUACACCACAACUACAACCACACCGCCUCAACCCCUCCAACGAAACCCCAGCUCCCCUCCCCUCUCCCAACCCCGAUAUUCCGCAAUCCCCACCUCCCACGAUGCCGCCAAAGAGCUCGAAGAAUCCUCGGCCUGGCGCCGAUGAGGGGAAACAUGGCUCUAUUUACUCUGUCUCCCGGUGCUGUCGUGGUUGCGGAGAAUAUGAUCGGGUGCGCCAUGUUCGAGCUGUGUCGAGUGGGCUAUGACCAACUCGUUGGAGAAGUCAUUCGAAUCGAUGCAGAUAAGGCAACAAUUCAAGUUUACGAGGAAACAGGAUUGAUGGAAACCAUCUAUGACGGUAUUCAACGACCCCUCAAAGCCAUUUCAGACGCUUCCCAAAGUAUCUACAUCCCCCGCGGCAUCUCUAUCCCAGCCCUCGACCGAGAAAAGAAAUGGGAUUUCAAACCAGCAAACUUUAAAGUUGGAGACCAUAUCACCGGUGGCGACAUAUGGGGUAGCGUGUGGGAGAACAGCUUGCUGAACGACCAUAAGAUCCUGCUUCCCCCUCGCGCGAGAGGGACCAUCACACGCAUCGCUGGUCCGGGCAGCUAUACCGUUGAUGAAAAGCUCCUGGAGGUUGAGUUUGAUGGUGUUCAAGGUGGAACAGUGUGUAUCCCCGGUGCGUUUGGUUGCGGGAAGACUGUUAUCAGCCAGAGUGUCUCCAAAUUCUCGAACAGUGACAUCAUAGUGUACGUUGGGUGCGGUGAACGUGGAAAUGAGAUGGCUGAAGUUCUGAUGGAUUUCCCAGAGCUUUCAAUCAACAUUGACGGCCGCAAGGAACCAAUUAUGAAACGUACAUGCCUCAUUGCCAACACUUCCAACAUGCCUGUCGCUGCCCGUGAGGCCUCCAUCUACACAGGUAUCACGGUCGCGGAAUACUUCCGUGAUCAGGGUAAAAACGUCGCCAUGAUGGCAGACUCCAGUUCUCGCUGGGCUGAGGCCCUCCGUGAAAUUUCAGGACGUUUGGGAGAGAUGCCCGCUGACCAAGGUUUCCCUGCCUACCUUGGGGCCAAGCUUGCCUCUUUCUACGAACGUGCCGGACUGAGCAUCGCGCUUGGAAGCCCCGAGCGGAAAGGAAGUGUCAGUAUCGUUGGCGCCGUUAGCCCCCCUGGUGGCGAUUUCUCCGACCCCGUCACGUCCAGCACGCUUGGCAUCGUCCAAGUCUUCUGGGGUCUUGACAAGAAGCUUGCGCAGCGAAAGCAUUUCCCAUCCAUCAACACCUCCGUUUCCUACAGCAAAUACACCAACGUGCUCGAUAAAUACUACGCCAAGGACCACCCGGAAUUCCCCCGGCUCCGGGAUAGAAUCAAGGAGCUACUCACCAACUCCGAAGACCUAGACCAGGUCGUGCAGCUCGUUGGUAAAUCAGCCCUCGGCGACCCGGACAAGAUUACACUGGACAUCGCGGCGCUGCUCAAGGACGACUUCUUACAGCAAAACGGCUACAGCGAUUACGACCAGUUUUGCCCUUUGUGGAAAACAGAAUACAUGAUGAAAGCGUUCAUGGGUUAUCAUGACGAAAGUCAGAAGGCCAUCGCGCAAGGCCAGAGUUGGGCCAAGGUCCGCGAGGCGACAGCAGACAUCCAGAAUGCGUUGCGGGGGAUGAAGUUUGAGGUGCCCGAUGAUGAACGGGCUGUAACCCAAAAGGUAUGGAUGGCUCCUACCCCAUUUCAUUUCCCCCCUCACUCGAAUAUCGUAUUUGAUAUCUAA